AUGAAAGCAAUUAAGCUCGUCUCCCCUCAUCAAACUGCUCUGGUAUCCAAUGCACCGAUACCUAAAGUUGGGGCUGAUAGGAUCCUCGUCAAGAACAAGGCUUUCGCACUCAACCCGGUCGACUGGAAGUUCAUUGAUGCAGUGCCGUACAUUGGCACCACCGUUGGGUGUGACUAUGCAGGCGUUGUGGAGGCCGUGGGCGAAGAUCUGAAAGUCCAAUUCAAGAAAGGCGACCGCAUAGCUGGAAUGGUCCAUAGUAUCAAUCCGCAUGAGCUUGAAAGCGGCGCAUUUGCCGAGUACGUCCUCGUCAAGAGUGGAUGCCAACUGAGAAUCCCGGACAAUUUGAGCUUUGAAGAAGCGUCUAGCUUGGGAAUCGGCAUCAUCACUUCUGGUCAGGGAUUAUACGAGAGUCUCGGGCUUCCUUGGCCAGAGCAGCCAAAGGAAAGGUUUCCAGUCUUGAUAUAUGGGGGCAGUACUGCCACUGGAACCAUUUCUAUCCAGCUAGCAAAACUAUCUGGCCUUGAAGUCAUAACUACUUGCUCACCUCGAAACUUUGACUUGGUCAGAGGACUUGGCGCAGACAUCGUUUUCGACUACAAUUCGCCAACCUGCAGUGCUGAUAUUCGCCACUAUACGAAAGACAGACUCCACUACGCCUUUGACUGUUGGUCGGAGGGUCAAUCUGGUGCAAUCUGCGUCAAUGCCCUGGCAUCUUCUGCUGCUCCUGGGAAGAAACUACGGUAUGGUAGCAUCCAGCUAAUGGAACUUCCCAGAAAAGAUGUACAACACUUGGAAACCUGGGGUAACACCGCGUACGGAGAGGACUUUGAAGUGAUGGGAACCAUGAAACUCGGAAACCCUGACCGUUAUGAAUUUGCUACGGCAUUCUUUCGGUUAGCUCAACGAUUACUGGAGGAGGGCAAGCUGAAGCCGCACCCGAUUCAAGUCGGAAAAGGAGGCUUAAAUGGGGUGCUUGAUGGACUGGACGAGCUGCGACAAGAACGGGUCAGUGCUCAUAAGCUGGUAUAUCGCGUUGAAGAUACCGAGGGACACCUGAGUAACGGACAUACGCCUUGA